UGUUAUUGGUUAACAAUGAAUAAAUGAUGUGGAAUAUAUUGAAAUGGUAAAUAGAGAACUCUGCACUCACAUGAUACAAAAAAGUAAAAUCACAAAAAUACUGAACUCGGAGGAAAAUCAAAAUGGAAAGUCCCUAAUCGAUGUCAAAAUGUAAAGCUCUGUCACAUCAAAAGAAUGGAUAACAAUAAUUGUCAUAUUCCUGACUUGGUGCAGUUAUUUUCUUGUAAGAUAAUAUUAAAGUUCGUUUUAAAUAUUAUUCAUUCAUAAGAAGAGCACUUGUAUACUUAAAACAUUAAAUUACCUUUUUUACCACUUGAUUGCUUUUGAAAGAAAUUGAAAGAUAUCAUUUAUCAUGUCACUUAAGCAACCUUCAGAUUUAUAUAGAGGCAUGUCUUAAAAGGUGUACAAUAAAUAUAUACCUAUGUACACAACUUAUAUUCAAAAAUAAACAUAGGAUUGGUCAGAUAUAUAUUACAUGAUCGCUCAUUUAACGUGUACUUAACUUUAUCUUUUUAAUGUAUCAGGUGAUAUAGAUAUGUAAAACCAACAAUAAUAUUUACACGAAUAAUGAAAGAUGUAUGAAAUAUUCAAUUAUUUUUUUUUUUAAUUCAUGGCAAAAUGGAUUCCAACUUAGAGUGUUCAGCGAACGUGGUCGCAAAAACGGAUGCAUGUACACACUGCUAUUUAAGAAUUUGUGAUACUUGUCAGAUACGUGAUGAUUUUUUGUUUCAAGAAAGAUCGGCGAGAUCCCAUAGAUCUGAACUUUUCAUUGAUGAGAUAUAUACCUGCAACAAAUGUGACCAAACAUGGAUGGAUUUAUUCUCAUAUUGUGUUACAUGUAGUCGAUUAGUUUGUAGGUCAUUCAAGGAUAAACAUGAAGAUUGUGAUAAAUACUAUGGCCUCAUGGAAAGUGAUAUCCGGAAGAGGAGAAAACUUGUGGAAACUGAAAAAGAAAUUGAACAGUUUGCUUUCGAUUUAGAUAAAAACCGAAAUGACUUGUCAGAAAUAUGCGAGAAAAAAAAAAAAUCUAAUUUUCUUCCAAUUCUCAAGAGUUCCGUAGCUUCAGUCGUUUCUAAAUUUGAAGAUACGAUAAAUUCAUUUGGUCGGGAUUCUGAAAUUUUGAAAUCUAAAUUGUCUAGCGUUGAGCAAUAUAUCAUCCAACAAAAUGAAUCUUUUCAAGAUCUUAAAGACAAAAUGCAACACAUCAGAAGGAAAAUAGCAUUUCCGAUUAAAUUUUUACAAGAAUUAAGCGAAUGGGAAAAAGAAUUCCAUAAACUGACAAACAUGCAAGCACGUUUUGAUCUAUCUGCACUCAAAAAUACACCUGUGAUUAAUGUCGUCUGCAGACCUAAACAGUUGGAUCAAUAUUUUAUCCACGAUAUACUUGGAAUUCAAAAAGAUCCUAGCAGAUAUGGAAGUUGUCACUCCAGUAAAUUACAGGAUACGCCCGUAUGUUAUGGCUUAUCGGUUAGUAAUCCUGCUGAUCAGCCCAUAGAUGGCAUACAAGUAGAGCCAGUCCAAAAGAGAAAAACAUUGCCACAUUUAAACAAAAAGUAUGAUCCAUAUCAUUUGCAUUUGCUAGAAACAGAGAUUAAAUCCAAAGACGACUAUAUACGGAAGUUGAGGUUAGAUCGAGAAACUUUGAAAAAGCACCUCUAUUUGUUAAAGAAUAGUCGUAAUUCAGCUGAAAAGAAAAUGAAAGAAAUAACAAAUCAAUUUGAAGUGGAGAUACAGAGAAAUGAUCAACUGCAUAAAGAAGAAUUACAAACUGUAAUCGAUCAUAAAAUUCAACUGGAAGAGGAUCUUAGAGAAGUUAAAUUUAAAAUGGAACAACAAUUACAAACUCAACUUAAAGAAUAUGAAGAGUUAAAAGCAAGACAAGGAAACCAUAUCCAUGACCUGGAAUCAGACAUUGAGUUUUUGAAGUUGGAAGCACAGAAAACGGAAGAUGCUUCUCAAAAAGCUUUAAAUGAUGCCAUUAAUGAAAAUCAGAAAGCAGAGGAAAGAAUUAAACAGUAUAUAGAGCUUGUUGAAAUCAAAAAGCUCCAGAUAGAAGGAUUGGAAGACCAUGUAGAUUUGCUUAAAAGAGGCUCGCAUAAAAUCACCAAAGAAACUGAAGAAGAAAAUCAACGAAUAAAGACAAAGCUUCAAAAAGUUAAACACAUGUUUAAUGAAUGGACGAAAUCAAGCUCUAGUCUUAACAACAUGAUGGCCCACGAACUUGACUUAGAUGAUGUAUUCAUCGAAAGUGAAUCAGGACAGCAACAACGUAAACAGCAGACAGAUACAAAAAACUUUGAUUCACACUUGUCCUUUGAUACAAUGAGUUCAAAUUCAAUAAGUGCUAGCAAGACUGCCCGAGAAAACAUACGUGUUAAUGAAGACAAUACAACACAUGUAUGUGAUGUAUCAAGUGGACAUAAUACAGCUAAGCAUAUAACGUCUGUUUCAUACACAGCAGAGCAUAUUCAUAUUAUACAGAACUCACAAGUUAGUCUUGCAGACAGUGGAUAUGAUGCAAAAAGCAUUACUGGAGAAAUGGACUGGAAAAAAAUAUCAACCAAUGAAAAUGUUUUCUUAAAUUAACUUGAAAAAAAGCUAGGAUUACCAAUGUCUCUCAACACCAUUAUAUAUCGGAGGGGUAUCCUGUACAUAAGUGAAAUUAACUGAAGGUUCCGAAUUAGACAGAUUAGCCUUGAUAGUGCUAAAAAAUUGUUGAUAUGGUGUCAGUGAAAAUGUCUCAUCUAUUAUAUGUUCGCUACAGUUACUUAAUGGUACCAAUAAACCCCUUAUUUUGUAUAAUGAUACGUUGUUUUGAAACAUUAUUUGAAUAUUCAUAAUAAUAUGUGCACAAACCAAAUUUGGCAAAAUACAAAGAAGGGCAUUUUAGCAAAAUUAUUGCAAAAGGUAAAAAGAAGAUAAUGGAGGAGACUUAUAAUUCAAUUUUGCAAUUUUUCGACGCAGGCCAGACAAGAUUGUUUGUGAAUUAAAAGAUUCUUUGGUGGUAGUGGUUAAUAUAUUAAUAUAUACAAAACGGCCAGUAAAAUAAAAAUCAUGCAUGCUUUUUUUGUCAAUUAAUUUUGUUCACAAUGAGAACUUAAAGUAUACCAUGUAAACUUAAGAAAUGAAAAAAAUAUAAAAUUGUAAUAUAAUAGUUGACACGUUAUUCUCAGCUUUUGCAUCACUAAAAUAUACAUUAUUUAAUGAAAUUUAUUCUAAUCGGUGUUGAAUUUAGUUAUAUAUAACAAAUAAAAUGAGGAAAACCUUACUUUGAUAUGAAUAUAUAAAAAAAGAAGAUGCGGUAUGAUUGCCAAUGAGACAACUAUCCACAAAAGACCAAAAUGACACAGCCAUUAACAACUAUAGUUCAUCGUACGGCCUUCAACAAUGAACAAAGCCCAAACUGCAUAUUUAGCUAUAAAAGGCCCCGAUAAGACAAUGUAAAACAAUACAAACUAGAAAACUAACGGCCUUAUUUAUGUGAACCUAGAGGCUCUAAAGACCCUGUGUCGCUCACCUAGGUCUAUGUGAAUAUUAAACAAAGGACACAAAUGGAUUCUUGACAAAAUUGUGUUUUGGUGAUGGUGAUGUGUUUGUAGAUCUUACUUUACUGAACAUUCUUGCUGCUUACAAUUAUCUCUAUCUAUAAUAAACUUGGCCAAGUAGUUACAGUGGAAAAAGAUAGUACAGUUUAC